AUGGGCAAAGUAGAACUUUACGUCGCCUCAAUCCUCGCAGGUCUCUGCCAAGUGUAUAUUGGUUACGACAGUAACACCUUUUCAUCUGUUCUUGUCAUCGACAAAUGGAAGGACUUCAUGGGUAACCCCAGCGACGUUGAAGAAGGCUCAUUACAAACAUGCUAUACCGUUCCUACUAUUAUUCUUGCUAUCUUUGUUGCACCUUAUAUCCAAGAUCGUUGGGGCCGACGUCUCUCUAUGAGUUUAGGUUCUGCUAUUAUCGUUGUCGCUGCUUUGGUUAUGGCUCUCACACCCAAUAAGAUUGGUUUCUGGGCUGGAAGAGUUGUUCUUGGUGUUGGUCAGGCUUUCGUUUACGCUGCUCCCACAUAUAUGUCUGAAUGUGCUACCCGCACCAUUCGUGGUCGAAUCGUCGGUAUCUGGCAAAUUACCUGGGCUUUUGGUGCUCUUAUCUCCACUGUUAUUGCUAUCGGAGCUACCAGCAACCCUUCAUUGGGCGAAUGGCAAUGGCGUUUGAUCGAAAUCACUCAAGUUGUUAUCCCAUCCAUCGUUGCUGUUGGUAUCUGGUUCGUUCCUGAAUCACCUCGAUGGCUCGUUGAACAUGAUCACAUUGAGAAGGCUCGUGAUGCCCUCAACCGCCUCCGUACCGCUGAAGAUGAUGUUGAAAAGGAAUUGGCUGAUAUCAUUGAAGCUGUCAGAUGGGAAAAGGAAAACACCACCAAACUUUCCAUUCGCGAAGUCUUUGUCGACAAAUCUCUUCGUCACCGUCUCCUUAUUGCCUGCUUCCUCAAUCUUUUCAACCAAGUUUGCGGUAACAACGCCAUGAACAACUUCGGUUCCCAAGUCUACUUGGCUGCUUUCGCCUCUUCUUCCAUUGCUCUUACUAUGCAAGCUGUCCAAGACGUCGUCCAGAUGGUCGGUGCUAUGAUUGCUAUCUUGUGGAUUGACAGAAUUGGUCGUAGAAGAGCCUUGUUCUGGGGUGCUCUUUUCAUGUGCGUCAUGCUUAUCAUUGCUGGUGCCAUCCCAGUCGGACUCGGUGGAGACAACAUCACUAAGAACACUGGUGCCGCUGCCGUCAUGGUUUUGGCUAUCUGCCUCUUCUAUCUCGCUUUCGGCCCAUCAUGGGGUGCUUCUGUCUGGAUCGUUACUACUGAAAUCUUCCCUAUGAACGUUCGUGCCCAGUUGGUCGGUAUCUCUUCCCAAUUCCAAAACAUCGGUUCCCUUGCCCUCAGCCAGGCCUUCCCUACUAUGUUCACCAAACUCUCCUACAAAUCCAUGUUUGUCUUUGCUGGUUUCAACAUCUUCAUGGCUAUUGUCGUUUGGUUCUAUCUUCCCGAAACCAAGGGCGUUUCCCUUGAAGAAAUUGAUGAAAUCUUCGGAGGUGUCAACCGUGUCCAAGCCCAGAGAGAAAAGGAGGGUAUUGCUGAUGACAAGGAUGCUGUCGUUGUCGAUGAGAAGAAGGAUUCUAUGGUUUAAUUUUAGUUCCACUCAUCCCAGGCUCUGACUGCUGUGCUGUUGGUAGCCUAGAUACAUUAUCAAUUCCCAAAUAUUAAUAUUUUUUGAAAAGAAAAAAAUUCACUUUUACAAACCAACCU